AUGCCAGUGACGACGACGAGGCGUUCAAUGACUAUUAUGAUGGUUUUGGCACUCGAACACACUAGAAGCCAGGGUGUCAAUGCGGACGAAAGAAGGAAUCCAAACACGGACCACCAAUCAAAACAAAUCAUCAGAGCAUCAGCUCAUCGACCUUUUGGGUGCAAACCUCGCUAUGAAAAGCCUGCUUCCCUUCGGUUGCACUACGAGCUCGGUAUUUCACUUCUGUUUUCCAUCCAAACCAGCUUGGAUCUUGGAAAGCCCGUCUUUGUCUCAGUAGAGUCUUUCAGUGGCAUGUUUCGGUCCUCUUCCCCAUUACUUAGAAAAAGUGAGCCACCGGUUCAGGUACAAGAUACUAUCAUUACUGCCUGGACAAUUAGACAUCCAACCCGUAAUCGCAACGAUCCAAUUGCAAGGGCGGAGCUCUACCAACUGAGCUAUAUCCCCCCGAGCCAACUUCCUGAUAGGCUCUUUCUCUUCCUGUCUUCCUCGGCUGAUGAAUAUGCUCUCCAGGCCGGAAAUACUAUCCUCUUCAAGAGCAGGAUUCGAACCUACGCGUGGUUGUCCUUCUCCUGCCAGUAUUUAGCGAAGUUCAGUCAUAUAAAUUCGGAGAGAGCCGAUCUUCUUCACAAUGGCAAGGUUGGACCGUGUAUCCUGCUGAAUUGGCUGCGGGAUCGGAGGUCCCAGGAGGCCUAA